AUAAAUGCCUUUAAUGUUUGAAUAAUUCAAUAACCAUUUUUAAAAUUAACUUAUCAGCCAUGACACCCUUUUUACACUCCCCAAUUAACACCCUUACGCUUGUAGAUAAAUCCAAAAAAAAAAAAAAAAAAAAAAUUGCCCCUAAAAACGAACUAGAAAUUUCACAUGAUCUUGUAAACAUUGCAAUGGAUUUAUAUGACAAAAAUACUAGAAAAAGAAAAAGAAACUCCAAGCUUAUAAUCUCAUCAAGAAAUGAAGAAGACGACGUAGAUUUGACUGAAAAAAAUAAAAAAAACAAAUUAAUAAUCAGCGAUGUUGAUUGCGAAAAUGUACCAUGUGAACAGGACGACGUGCAAGUGAAAAAAGAAUGCGACGCGAAAAAUAAAUGUGCUUUAAAGGGGCAAAGGUCCGAGGGGGACAAUGACCAAGUGGAAGAAAUAAUCACCCUGGAUGGUGACGACUGCAAUUAUAAAUUAGAGGAGGAAGAAAAGCAACAAAUGUGGAAAAACGAACAAGCAGCAAAUUCUCCCAUUCCAACUGUGGAAAUAAAAUUAGAACACACACAAGAAAUAAUUAAAAAAUGUGACGACUCGUGUAAUAGGAAUAACAUGCCAGGGAAAAACAAAAUGAUAAAAUUACAAAGUGGAAAAUUAACCAAAUCGGAAAAUAAGAAUAACCGCGUGAUGAAAGGAAGAAAAAAAAAAAAAAAAAAUUCCGCAGACCAUCAUUCGAACAAUAGCAUUUAUAAAAAUAUAGAAGAAAUACCUGUGAUCCACACAACAAUGGAAGAGUUAUCAAAUCCAAUUUUAUUUUUCGAAAAAUAUAAUUCCAUUGGACUGAAAUAUGGAGCCAUGAAAGUAAAACCACCCAAUUUUUUCGAACCACAAUUUAACUCGUACUAUCUAAAUAUGAAAUUUAAUAUACGGAAACAAAAAAUCAACGAACUGAAGCAUGGAAAAGAAUUUGAUCACCCUGAGGAGUACUGGUCCUUGUAUGAGGUGUACAAAUAUAACCAAAUGCUGGAGAAGAUGUACCUACCAAAGGAAAAGGCGAGCUUGGAAAAUAUAGAAAAGAAAUAUUGGGAAAUCAUCAAUAAAGGAAAAGAGCAAGUCGUUUCUGUAUAUGGCGCUGAUUUGCCCGUAUCCAAAAAUCAUCCCACGUGCCUAUUUCAUAACAACCUAAAACGGCUUGAGGACUCCGGGAGGAAUGACAGUAGUAGUGACAUCAGCACUGCGAACGGGAGCAGAUGCAGCAGUGUUAAGAGUGGGACCAUUGAAUCGUCGUGCGAGUCGAGCAGCGACCUUCUGAAGAGGGGAGAAGAAGGGGGCGAGGGUUUGUUACGUGCGGGGGAGUGCAAGGAGGAAAUGUGUGAAGACCCUACAAGCGCGAAUGUGUCAUCGGGUGUGGAUAAGCAGAAUGAUGACAUGAGCCUCUCGCUUUUGCCUUCGCCUUCGCUUCCGCCGGGGAAUAGCGCGAACGAAGGUAAUAGCGAUUGCUCUAAUGGUCACUACUGUAAUGGGCACUGCUGUAAUGGUCACAACUGUAAUGGGCACUGCUGUAAUGGUCACUACUGUAAUGGGCACUGCCCUGACGACCACUGCUCUAAUGACGACCGUAUCAGUGAUGACUGUACACUUGACAGCGCAAAUGUCGACUACAGCAGUGACAGAGCGAACGCCCACCGCGGCAGCGACCAUGCAAAUAACGAAGGGGUGGUGAGUGAGCGCGAACAGGGUAUAAUAGAUGUGAUUAACAUUUCUGAUCCUGAAAAUGGCACGAUGGAAGAAAGCCUUGUCGAUAAUAGAGGGCAUGCAAUAAACAAGAGUGACGAGGGUACUUAUUUCGGCGGCGAUCGAAAAAAGGAUCACAGUGAUCAUCUAAGGGGUAGUAUCAAUGGGAUUGACGCUGAUAGAAGAAGAACCCCCAGUUGUGCAGGCGGUAUAAACGAAAUCGCUAGCACUGAAGGAGGUAUGGGCCAAAGCGCCAGUGAUAAAUACGAUAGGAGCAAAGGGACCUCCAGUGGAGAGGUGAAAAUUUGUCAUACUAGCAGUGAAACACAUGUAGGAGACCUACCCCCUGAUAGCAUGUUUAUCAAACAGAGAGAGAGGUACUACUCAGAAAUAAAUAGUGUAAUUAAAAACAUUAAUGAAAAUUUGAAUAUAAAAUCACUCCCCUUUAUCAAAGGAUCUAUGCUACGAAAUGUAGAUAUAUCCAUCGAGGGGGUUAACAUUCCAUGGUUAUAUGUCGGAACCCUUUUUUCCUCCUUCUGCUGGCACACAGAAGAUAACUAUUUUGCAUCUAUAAAUUAUCAGCAUUGGGGGAACCCCAAAAUAUGGUACGUCAUACCACCUCUAUACAGUGACAAGGUGGAAGAUGUUAUUUAUGAAUACUUAAAAGAAAACAGUUAUCAGGAGGAUGUGUUAAUGGAAAGAGGAAAUCGAAAAAUGAAAAAAAAGGAGCGAAGAAAUUUAUUUAAUAAUUCGGAUUUAAAAAAAAAACUCAAAGAGGAGAGCUCUAUUGUGCAAAAUAUCGCAACUGAGCAAAGGCUAAAAAAUAUGCGCAUUUCAAAAAAUAACCCAAAUUUAACCUCUACGAAUGGUAUUGCCACUGGAAGUACGAGCUGCACCAAUGAUGUAAUAAUGGCUAGCACUAGCGCGACUGCCAAUACUAGGCUGCUUAGUAAUAGCCACAGCAAUAGUAGCAGUACUAGCACUAGUACGACCAUGAGCACUAGCCAUAAUAAUAAUACACUGGCAGAUAAUUUGCUCUUCAUAGAUGUGGAUAUAAAUAAUGCAGAUUUGAUAUAUAGAAAAUCCUAUUUGAAUUACAAAAUUGUGGAUAGAAAACAAAUUAAUUUUAAGAAAGAAAAUAAUAAAAAUAAAAUUUACAAAUUAACCAUACAAGUACCAAUUGAGGUUUUUCUAAAAAAUAAGAUUCCAGUUUAUAAAAAUAUUCAAAGAAAAAAUGAAUUUAUUUUCCUCUGGCCUAAAACAUUUCAUGGAGGUUUUAAUUCAGGCUAUAACUGCAAUGAAGCUUGCAAUAUUGCCCCUACAUUUUGGCUAUUUUACGGCCUACAGUCAUAUUACAAUUACAAAUAUUUUAGAAACACCUGUAUAUCCAUUCAUUUCAUUUUAUUUUCAAAUUUACUGCAUUAUCAAGAAUAUACCUUUAGCCAACUCAAACACAUCAUAUACUCCCUGCGUUAUAUACUAACUGAUGAGUACAAAUUUUUUAGGGAAAGUAAAACGCUAUUUAUAGAGUUCACACUAAAUCGCGAUGCCCUUUUAAAUAAUAAGCUUAUGAAUUAUUCAGGCCAUUUAUCGCUAGAUUUGAAUAAAAUGUACGCGAAUUUCGAGUGCCAGAAAAACAAACACUUUUUUUUCCAAAACAUUAAGAGUAAACUGGAAUUUUUUUACAAGGAUUGCGAUGCCUGUAAUUCCCCCACCUUCAACAGUUCAAUUAUAUGCCCCCACUCCAAUGACAUUCUAUGUAUUCAUUGCUCCGAAGAACAUAGUUGCAACUGCAAAUUUAAUCGGCACCGAAAAUACAUAUAUUUCUGUUCUAUAUUUUUAUUUUUUGGCAGAGUUGCACUAAAAAGAUAUACGCUCCUAGAAAUGAUGAAGAUUUUGACCCUCCUAAUCCACUAUGCCAAUAAAAUUAAAGCGAAUGAUGAAAAAGAGGUGCAAUUUGACGACAUACCUGAUUACAAUUCUUUGAAAAUUUUUGAAGACAAGAAUUCAGUUAAACUAUAUAACUUAAUUCGAGAAACCAAAAGAACAGAUUUGGAAAAGAGAUCCAGGACGACAAAUUAUAUAGACCUAGAAAAUUACUGCUUCGAAAAAUUAAACAAUAUCGGCAAAGAAAAGAACAAGAGGGAAAAAACAAAAAAUGAAAAGUGCAUUGUGUUGGAAGAUUACUACACAAGUUCAAAUCAUUUUAAGACAAAAUUGACUUUGAAGUACUUUCUCCUAACAUACGAAGAAGAGAUGGAAGAUAAUCCUUUGAAAAUUUUACCAAAACUUAUAAUUUAA